AUGCUCACCCCCGUGAGUGGGCCUGCAUACGCAACCGAGCAUGAUUCCUUACUGGACGUGAGGUUUCUCCGCACCCAACUAGCAAACAUGCGACAACCGCAGCGUCUACCCCAGUCCGGCCUUUAUCCAGUCCCGUCGGGACGCUCUGACGGCGACCCUUGCGGUCUUAUGAUGUAG